GGUUGUCCUGAAAUUAAAUGUCUUCGAAAGUGUUUGAGUGAUACAAUCCGCGGAAGACAGUGAUGGAAUGUGAAUUCAGUGCUAUAAGUGUUAAAGUCGAUAUUUGUGUAAACGUUAUGUUUCGUGUGUAACUGAUGAUCGCGAUUGGUUUAGAAUCGAACGCAAUGGAGACCGAAGAACUUACAAAACUUGUCGACGGGAUUUAUAAGAACAUUUUGGACAAGUUCAAUCCCGGGGCACGGCAGAUGAUAACGGCUGGGAAGGCUUACUUGAAAGCUUUACAUGGAGCUGCCGCAGCCUCCAGGCUGUACGUGGAUGCAGUGGGCAAGCUGGGUCGCCAGGCCCAGCAGGGCACCUGGGGAGGAUGUGCAGAUAUAGGGACCGCCUUAAUGAAAGUCGUGGAAGUUUACCGAGAAAUACAAGACCAGCAAAUGAAUAUCUUGAAGGCGUUUUACGUGGAUCUCCUGGUUCCCUUGGAGACAAAUCUGGAGAAGGACACGAAAGUAGUACAGUCUGAACAGAAGCGAUUCCUGCAGCAACAUAAACUGCGGUCUGAGAGCUACAGCAAGGCCGCAGCCACCAUCAAGAAGCAGAGGAAGAAGAAGACCAACGUCACCAAGGUUGGCUCUGCUAUGGACAAAGAAAUGAAGAACAUGCAAAUUUUGGAGGAGGAGAAAACAAAACUGGAUGCGUUUUGUGAACAAAGCUUGAAGAAUGCAAUGACCCAGGAGCGCCGCCGCUACGGCUUCGUUUUGGAGCGGCAGUGCUCCCUGGCGAAGCACUGGCUGGCUUACCACUCCUCAGGCGCUGCUGCAUACAACACAGGCUUGGACGAAUGGCUUGAAGUAUCUCGAACGAGGGAAUACCUGCCGCCUAAUGUGGAGGCCAUGUUUGUGAGCAGGAUGAGGCAAGUCUCAUUCUGGGCUGACGAGGAAGUAUACGCCAGUCCCCGCGCUGGAGAUGACGAUGACCGGGCUUCCGUCGGGUCUGCUCUGAGGAAGACCAGGUCCGUCGACGCGUCCUGCCUCGACGUGAGGUCUAUUGGGGACCUGGGCUCGCCGGCCCAGGGUCUGUCGAGGGCUAAAUCUGACUUCAAUCUGCAAGCGAGCUUACACACUGGUGAACAAGACGUCGAUUCCCGUCCAGCAACGCGUCCAUCAUCAUUAGCGCCACCACCAUGUACAACCCGGGAACCACCGCUAGCGCGAGCUCUAUACGCCUACGCGGCCGCCGGCGACAACCAGCUUAGCUUCCAGCAGGGAGAUGUGCUGGCCUUGCUGGGCGAGCGUACCAAGGGAUGGCAGUACGGAGAAAACAUGCGCACUCAUCAUGCAGGCUGGUUCCCGCUGGCGUAUACUGAGCCGAUACCCGAUAAUGAUGUUAGCUCUCCGGCCCGCUGGGGUUGCGCUCAGACCCCGAGCGAGGCGCCACCACCGGCCCCGGUCUCGCAUACUACUCCAAGCACUCACCAGCAUCCUCCGACGCGCAUGUUUGGAGACACCGUCACCGCUCAUCACGUUAACAAGGGACGCCUCGGCAACGGUUCUCCCGGCCUGCCGCCCACCUUACCAGCACCAUCGCCUAGCGCGCUAAGCUCUUCAGCCAGCGCCACUUUCCACUCGUCCACGUCCGCUGCCGUGGCUACUAGCGCUAUCAAGAACUCGACGUCAGCCGCUAACUUCACAACGCAUGCUGUUAUUGAGACUAGGACUUUCGGUCCGCAAACGCUACCUUUGCGUUCUCAGAUGUCUCAAAACAAAGCUGGCCCAGCAAAAACAGCCGUGUCUGCCGUCGGAGCGGUGGGCAACGUCUCACUGCAUAGCUCUAACGACUCCGGAUUCUCCAACGAGCCGCCUCCUCAGCCUGACGUUGAUUAUAGUGAUGAGGAGGCUCAACGCUUGCGUGUACCCAUCAGUAAAUCUGCUCAGCAUUCAAACGAUCAUAAAGCAUACCUGCUCAAAACCCAAAGCUUGAAACGAGGACCCAAACCAAAUAAUGUAAACGGCUACUUGACGGAUGACCAGCAACUAAUGCUACGGAACAUGCUGGAAAUGGAUAAAGAUUCACAAAAAGUGAAACGUACCAAGUCGUUUUGGAAAUUUGGUCGAACGACAAACGAGGAAAUAAUGGAGGGCAUGUCACUUUGGCAGCAUCGUGACAUAGUUGAUACUGUACCAGAAUACAAGAAAAAACUUUUUGUUAAAAUCAAGAAAGAUCUGAGACCUGCUCCGGAGGUUCCAGAGACAAGGAACCAAACGACUCCAGAAAAGACACCGCCAAUUGAAAAUGGACAGUCGCGACCAAAAGAAACAAUUGAUAGAAAAGAUGUAAAAGUUACCAAUGGUAUUCGUCAAGCAAAAAGUUUGGGCUCAAUAGAAAAUGAGGAACGGGUUGAAAGAAUCAGAAAGACCGAAAUAUACCACCAAAACACAGCCUUGAAUAAAAAGACGUCAUCAGAAAAAGUAAUCGCUGAAGAAAAAUUGGAAGAAAUAGUACCUCGUAAUGAGUCUCGACAUUCUGAUUUAACAAACACCAGUACUAUCAAAACAAAUUUCGAGAACAGUUUUUAUAACGAUGAAAAUGGAGAAGGUUUUGUAAUGAAGACUGUCAAACGACGUGAAAUACUGCAAAGAUACGACAAUGACAGCGGUUCUGAUGUUAAUUCGGUGGCAUCUAGUACUGAUCCGUAUGAUUGCAUUAUAGUAGAUGAUCAUAUGACGUCUAGAAAACAACAAGAACUUGAUAAACGCAGACAAGCGCAAGCUAUGGAAAAUGACAUCAAGAAAAGAAAAGAGAACGCAUAUAUGCCUGAAUUUGAAGAAAUCGAAGUUACCCCUAUAAAACCACAUGUGCGUGCAACGCUGUCUUCUGAUAAAGCCAAACGCUCAUCACACGAACACUCUCCUCCUAAAACUAUGGAAUUCAAAACUUUCAAAGACAAUUCAAAAGAUGUUAAGACAUUUUCUGCAUCUUCGGAGACGUUGAAGUACAAAGACAAUGAACCACUUACUGAUCGUUAUGGCAUUCCCACAGAACGCAAUAAUAAUGACAUAAGGAAUGAAAAUGCGUACAACGGACGUGACGAAGGAACACUUAAAUAUAACAAGAAACGUUCCAGUAAAGAGGAAAAAAUUAGACAACCACAGACUUUCGAUAAUGGACAUCACAACAAAAAGGAAUACCCACAAGCUGAAAUUAGAACUACGAAGAAAGAAAUGAGAUCAUACGAAAGCAGAGAGCCGAGAAUUGAUUAUUCAUUAGACAGACGUGCCGUACGAAAGGACUUUACAAAUCCUAAGGACAACCGGGACCCGAGAAGCAAAAACAGGGGGCAGAGAAGCUACGACGAUAGUUCACUGCAAUACAACGGACGCACAGACAGAUAUUACGAGUCAAACAUAUCAUACUUUAGUGACCAAGAGAGACGUGUCUCGCGAUACGAUUACGAGACAGAUUCGAAGAAAGCAGAAAAGACAAAAAUGAGACAAGAAGAAGCGAGGCUAGAGGCCAGGAGGAUAAUGGACAGGCGUACUGAGGGACCAUACAGCGAGUCCGAUGACCAAAAGUUCAACGAGGCUUUAAAGCAACAACGACCACAGUUGCUACCUCGGACCAAAUUGCUCAAGAGAUCCGUAGAAGGAAGCGAGCUACCCGAAGAGGGCCAUACUUUCGGCCCGUGGUAUGACUUGUGGGGCCACGAAACUAGCGUCUACAAAUAGAUCUGCAGGCCUCAACAAUUUGCGACCGUGAAGUUAAGGAAGGCACUCACGAACGAUCGGUCCUCGCCCGCCAUUGAAUAGGGUUUUAUAAAUAUUAUUUUGUUAAUUAUGAAAGUGUAAAUUAGACGUCUACUUGUAUUUUGUACAGUUAAAUAUUCAUAGUUUAACAAAGAAUAUAUAUAUCACAAUUUUUACAAUAAUUAA